AUGGCCCCUGAGGCCCCGGAUCCCCAGAGCCUGACAUCAUGGCACGAUGCAUUCCAGUACCCGAUUCCCACGGUCCGCCGCGUGGAGCAGGAAUUGCGCCGGGAUAUCGCGAGCAAUAAGGAGAAGCUCCGAGCUCUCGUGGGGACCCGAUAUCGAGAACUCGUUGGAACUGCCGAGACCAUUGUUUCUAUGAAUCAGGAGAUACAGGACGUGGAGUCUAUCUUAACGGAUGUUGGACGACGAUGCAACCCGCGACUUGUUGAGAAGAAGCACCAACAUGCGCGGUUGGUGAAGAGUGAUGCUGCUGAGAAGGACGGCGAGAAGCACGCAUUUGGCGCGCAACUUGCGCUUCUCCACCGUUGCACUACCUCUAUCGCAAGACUGCUACGCAAACGGGCAUCGCUGCUACUCGUAGCAAAGAUUAUGGUUGUUUCCCGGCUAUUGCACACCACUCUUUCAAAACACGAGAGCACCUUGCCCUUCCUCGAUGACCUCCGCAAUCAAUUGGCAUCUCUCCGCCGAGCCUUGUUGAAACGGAUUGACAAGCGCCUCACCUCUAUAAACGUCCCAGAGGAUAACAUCAUUGAGUCUCUGGCGGCAUACUGUCUCGCUACCAGUUCUUCUUCGGACGAUGCCAUUCACCAUUUCCACCAGGUCCGCCUGGAUGUUAUUGUCAACCAGCUGGCCGUGUCGCGCGAAAACAUUCCUAAGAGUCUUCGACUAUUCGUUCGCACACUGCAGACUUCCAAAGUGCUGCGGUCACGCCAAUUCUCCGAUAUUCUCUCCAAGCUAAAGACAAGACCUAUUCUCUCUGACCCGGAGAUUCGCAGCUUGGACGGCCUGGAUAUUGAGGUUCUCGGUCGUUGGGCUGCUCCCGAUGUCAAGAACUUUACGCCGUGGAUUAAGCUGAGUGAACUGAGCCGCCUUGAGGGUGUGGAAUCAAUCAAAGAGUGGUCUCUGCAAGCCUUUGAUAAGUUUGCCGAGAGCUGCCAGAAGAGCCUUGCCCACAGUAACAACUUCACCGAACUUUUAUCUCUCCGCGCUGAUACCGUGGAGCUAUGGCUGUCAUCUUGGGGUUCAACCAUCACACAUGGCUCUGUCGACGUCCUCGAGCGCCUGCGUAAAACCUUCAAUGACCACCUCAAACGAGUACUGGCAGGACAAGUGCAAUCAAUCGACGAAGUCGCAGGUCAAAUAUCAUCUACUAUCUCUGCCUGGGAAACUACAGAGCAUGAGACCUUUGGCUCCCUCUGGGACCCGGAUAUUAUCAAUGCAGAUUUCUCGAACGGUGCUGUGUCUUUCAAACAGACUGUCGCGGACCGACUCCUUGGUCGUGAUGAACAUGUGUCUACAGUUCUUCGGAAAUAUAAAUCAUGGCUUGCAUCCAUUCAGGAGGUUGACGAGUCUAUUGACUCCCUACGUCGCCUAAAAUGGACUGACAUCCUCGUUGGCAGCGAAGUCGACGACGAAGACAUCGACGUUAACCCACAACUCAACGAAGAAGACCCCAAGGUUCUAUCAGAUGCCCUCCACUCGGCUGUGCAAGAGGCUCUUGAUAGUCUCAAACUAUCAGUUGGCGAUGUCUUCAAGGGACUUGGACCCUCCCACGCAAGCGAAAAGGCUGUAUUCCUUCUCAGAGUUAUCCGCCUUGUGCGGAGGGACGUUCCAACAGACUUCCUUGCCAAAGACUUUACGUUCUCCAGCAACGUCGUACCCGAGCUGCAGAAGCUACUCGCCGCCGAUAUUGUUGCUCAAAAUGGCUCGCUAUCGCUCGUCCCGUCAUCGAAGUGUCACCCCGAGACCGGCAAGGCCAAGGUCGUUCCUGGCAGAUCGCUCUGGGAAGGUGCACCGCCUGUCCCUGUGCAGCCGUCACCAGGUACAUUCAAAUACCUGCGCCGUCUGACAGCCACCAUGGAUGAAAAUGGUUCAGAUCUCUGGGACCCAUCAACCGUGAAAGUAUUAAAGGAAUCGCUACAGAAGCAUCUGGAGACUGCACUUGGCUCCACCCUCGAGGAACUCGAAGCCUGGAAACCUGAGAUCAAAGAGCCCAAGACCCAAGGUGACAAGGAUGCACAAAACGGCGACGAAGAGGAGAACGCGGAAAAUUCUCCAGAGACCGAGACGGAGACCACAGAACUUCCCAACUCGCCAUCCCACACUGAAGUUCUCCACGACUGGAAAGUCCAACUCUUCUUCGAUGCAAUGUAUCUAGCCAACAUGCUAGGCGACGCGACCCAGCUGGCUGGCGUCGCAGAACGCGUGCAGAAGAGCGCGGGCCCAGGCGCGGAGGCAGUGAAGGCAAUGCGGAAACUCGCACAGGAAUAUUGGAAGCGUACAGAGAUGCUUUUUGGAUUGUUGGCUGAGCGAUAA